AUGGCAGACGAAACAUUGCUGGUAUUGUAUGGCACAGAAACGGGUACGGCGAUGGAUUUGGGAGAGAUUUUUUGGCGAGAAUGCAAAAAACGCGGGAUUUCCGUCCGAUUGAUGGCCUUUGAUGAAUACAAUUUGAAUGUUGGUAACGGUUUUAGCUCCGUUUUGAAGUUGUGAUAGGGUGAUUUUUUGAUCGAAAGUUUUGUUUUUGAAAAAAAAAUUGAGUUACUGGCUAGUUCAAUAUUUUUUUGAAUUUUAUGAUUUUGGAUGGAGUAUAAGACCUGAAACUUUCAGGAACUACCCUCUGAGCCUUUUUUUAUAUUUAUUGUUUCUACCAGUGGCAACGGAGAACUUCCAACGAACAUGCGAGAGAAUUGGCGGCGCCUUCUGAACACCCGAAUACCUCGAGAUUGGCUAGACGAAACGGAAUUUGUGGGCUUUGGACUGGGAGACUCAUCCUAUCAGAAGUUUAAUUUUGCAGCAAAGAAAUUGUAUCGACGACUACUUCAACUCUCCGCGACUUCUUUGGCUGAUUUGUAUCUGGCUGAUGAUCAACAUGAAUUGGGUCCGUAUGGCUUGUUCACUCAGUUUAUGGAGAAUUUGUGGGUGAUUUUGGAAAGCAAGAAGGAUAUUUUCCCGGUGAGCAGGAGAUCCGGGGGUGUGAAGUUUGGUUAGAGAAGGGUUUUUGACGAUUUUUUUGUAAAUAGGAUGACUAUUUGCUUAAAAUAAUAUAGUUUGUAGAUAAAAUACCAUUUUAUAUGCUUUAAUCUUAUGCUUUACGUUUUUAUUGGUUAUUUUAGGCUAUUUCGGAUUUAUUUUUAAUGCGAUAUUUAUCAAAAAAAAAUCUUAUUUUACAUUAUUUUCAGAGUUUUCAUUCAAAUCCCGAUCCAGAAUUCCCAUUCAAGUUCAAAAUUGUACCUCCAGAGGCUGUUCACUCUCACAGCUCAGAGUUUGUCGAAGUCGAAUGCCUUCAAAAUGAACGAGUAACGUCGGAAGAUCAUUUUCAGGUAAGUUUUGUCAUGGAUAAUAUAAUUUUGUAAUACCGACCUUUGUAAAACAGCUUGUUUAGGAAACCCGGCUAAUAUCGUUCUCAAAACGCCCUGAUAAUGCCUCCAGACUUGCCUACGAACCAGGAGACGUGCUGAUGGUACAGCCACAAAAUCUUCCAGAUAGCAUCGAGGUUGCAAAAACGGCCCUAAACUUAACAGAAGACCUCCUCAACCGGGAAUUUAGUAUCCUCCCAACAGAGAGGACCAUAAAGAUGCCUCCGACAUGGCUGGUCCCCCAACCUACCACCAUUAAGACACUCUUAACGACCUAUUUUGACCUGGAGAUGAUCCCAAAACAGUCAUUCUUAAAAAUUCUAUCGGAAUUCUCGAAAAAUGAAAUGGAAAAGGAGCGCCUGGAGGAAUUUUAUGACCCCAAGAAUCUGGACGAAUACCUGGAUUACGCCCAAAGACCACGGAGGACCAUCGCGGAAGCCCUCAGGGAUUUUGUGGCUACCUCCAAGGAAUUUUUUGAAGUUGAAUUUGAAGAAGCGGCCCGCAGACUGUUUGAAUUGUUUGUGCCGAUAAGACCAAGAGCAUUUAGUAUUGCAUCCAGCCCGCUAGCUCACAAGGACAAAAUUCAGAUCAUUGUGGCCAAAGUAAGUGGAUUUUUGAUGUUAUUCCUGAAGGAUAAUGUAAUUUUUGGAAGAAAAUUGUUGAAAAUUGCCGAUAAUGGGGCUAAUUUUAAUGUAUAGCUAGUUUCGGUGAUUCUAGGAGGUUAAUUUUCAUGUUUACGGGAAGUUUUUUGAAUUUCGGAACCAUUUUUCCCCCUUUUCACACUGUUUUUCCCACCAAAAAAGCGCUCUUUCGGAACGAAAAAUUCUCUUUCGAAUUUCCGAGCGAGAGCAGCCGUGGGGGUAUAGCUCAGUGGCAGAGCAAUCGACUGCAGAUCGAUAGGUCCCUGGUUCAAAUCCGGGUGCCCCCUAAAAGGCUUUUUGAACUUUUGAGGAAAUAUAAACAUUGCUAAUCGUUUUCUGAAUGGUAAAUGACGUUUUUUAAAGUUGUUUUUGACUGGAUGAUAUGUUUUUUUUUGGAAAAUGAAGGAUUUUUAAGUAUUAUUUUUUAGGUUUCCUACAGGUCGAUUGUUAUGAAAGAGCAUCGGAAAGGUCUUUGCAGCACAUUUCUUGCCCAGUUGAAGAGCGGCGACAAGGUUUGUUGAGAUUUGAUGACAUUUUUUUCGAAAAGUUUUGGAAUUUUUAAGAUUUGAAAUCCGGAUUAAUUUUUAGGUCUAUGUAAAAAUCCGCAAGGGAACUUUCAAAUUCCAACCGCUAUACGAUAACCUUCAUCAAGGAGCGAUCUGUGUUGGCCCGGGCACAGGAAUCGCGCCAUUCCGCUCGUUUUGCUCCGAGAUUGACCUUAAACCCCAAAAUUCGGAGAAAAAGUGCCUCGUAUUUUUUGGCUGUCGUCAUCCAAGGAAAGACUAUUACUUCCAAGAGGAUUGGAAGGCACUCGAAAGCACAGAAAUCAGCACAUCAUUCUCUAGACCAGACAACGCAGAGGAGAAAUCUUAUGUGCAAGAUAAAAUAAGAGAGAAUGGGGAAAAAGUGUGGAAAAUGAUUGACGAAAGAGAUGGUAGGUGUGGGAUGGAGUUUAGAAAAAAUUUUUUUUGCGUUGGGAGUUGUUAGGGUAUCCGUAUUUUCGGAAAUUUUAAAUUUGAAAAUUAAAAAAAAAAUUUUUUAUUUUUGAUCUGAAAAUUUUGAAAUUUUUUUAAAAGAUUCCCGGUAUUUUCAAGCAAAUUCAGGCUUCAAAUAUUGUUCAUGACAUGUUCAAGGUACUGUAUAUCAAAAUCAGCCAAUAAAUUUAUGGUUUUUCAGCCUCAAUUUUCGUUGCGGGACGUGCAAAAGAGAUGCCCGAUGAAGUAAUGAAAGCCUUCAAAGACGUGAUACAGAAAUUUGGACGCCUUGAAGACCCAGAGGAGUAUAUAAAUCGAAUGGAAAAACAAGCAAGGAUUCAAUAUGAGACCUGGGAUUAA